AUGUCAGCAAUUACCGGCGAUGAACUCAGGCAACGCUAUGCCGCUCAGCCGGCAGGCUUGAAGACGCCACCGUUGUACCUCCAGACACCACCGACGUCGGAUGACGAGUCGCACGCACAGUUCAAGGACCGCACGGCCGGCAAGGGUGUCAGCAAGAAUCGCAGCGAUGUGUCUGCCAUUCCUGGUUCGGACGUCGAGCUGCCGGAUGACUAUGUCGUGCGCACGCUUGCUCGCGAGCCGGCGCUGCCGCCGAUUCAGCUCGAGAAUAUCCUGAACGAGAUCCAAUGGGUCUCCUUCAUCGUUCUCACCACCACCCCGAUCCUCGCUGCUUACGGAAUGCUCACCACGCAGUUGCAGCUCAAGACCUUCAUCUGGUCUGUCAUCUACUACUUCUUCUCCGGUCUUGGCAUCACCGCUGGCUACCACCGGCUCUGGGCGCACCGUGCCUACACGGCAUCCAAACCGCUCCAGUACAUCCUUGCCUUCAUGGGCACCUCGGCCGUCCAGGGCUCCAUCCACUGGUGGGCACGCGGUCACCGUGCACACCACAGGUACACCGACACCGAUCUCGAUCCGUACGGCGCGCACAAUGGCCUACUCUGGAGCCAUAUAGGCUGGAUGAUUCUCAAGCCCCGCCGUAAGCCUGGUGUUGCGGACAUCUCUGACCUGCGUCGCAACCCUGUCAUCAAGUUCCAGCACAAAUUCUACCUGCCCCUCAUCCUCCUUGGCGGCCUCAUCGUUCCGACGCUUGUCGCUGGCAUUGGGUGGAACGACUGGCGCGGUGGCUUCUUCUACGCCGCCGUCUGCCGCCUGGUCUUUGUCCACCAUUCCACCUUCUGCGUCAACUCGCUCGCGCACUGGCUCGGUGAUGCUACUUUUGACAACAAGCACACGCCCCGUGAUCACGUCGUCACUGCUCUGGUCACCGUCGGUGAGGGCUACCACAACUUCCACCACCAGUUCCCGAUGGACUACCGCAACGCCACCAAGUGGUACCAGUACGACCCGACCAAGUGGUUCAUCGUGACCAUGAAGUACCUCGGCCUUGCCUCGGACCUUAAGCAGUUCCCGGACAACGAGGUGCAGAAAGGUAUCUACACCAUGAAGCUGCAGCGCCUGCACGAGGAGUCGCAGGAGCUAAAGUGGCCCAAGAAAGUGCAAGAGCUUCCGGUCAUCAGCUGGGACGCGUUUGUCGAAGAGAGCAAGACGCGCGAUCUAGUCGUUGUCCAGGGCAUCGUGCACGACGUCUCGUCUUUCGUUUCGGAGCACCCGGGCGGCAUUGCACUCGUCAAGUCCAAAGUCGGCAAGGACGCGACCACCGCAUUCUUCGGCGGCGUAUAUGACCACAGCCGUGCGGCGCAGAACCUACUCGCGACCAUGCGCGUAGGCGUCAUCGACGGCGGUUACAACGUGCUCGCGGAGAGCAAGGCAUACAAGCGUUACCAGGCAGAGCAGGCGGCCGUCGAGGUGGAGGAGAAGGCGGAAGCAGCGGUCGAAGCGGUACCAGCAGUAUCGGCUGAGAAGGAGGCAGCAGCACGACAACCCAAUGAGCGCGCCAAGGCGUACAAGACGCCCGGCGAGGCGUACGAAGUCACCAAGCACAUCGAACUCGGCGUCAAUGAGACCGCCAAGAGGUACGGUGGCAAGGUUGGAAAGAUCCUCUAA